GGACGGGGAUCCCCACAGUCUCCGGGGUAACGGGACUCCAGCUCAGGCAUCCAGCGUGUUAACCUACUUGUCUGGAUGCCAUGAAUCAGACGGCGGAGGAAGCAGCAGUUAUUUACUUUAUUAACAUAAACUGGACAGUUUGUUAUCUCAAUACUUGUCUGUUGAGUCAGACGUGUUAUUUUUUUGCUGUUUUUGAGAGCCUCUGUCCAUGUCAGAAAUCCCUGCACAUGGGACUUUUUUCUUCUUCCUGAAACAACCAAUUAAAAAAUCUAUGUCAAUUAGCCCUAAGUACUGAGUCUGCUGGCAUUAUACUGUCUGCUGCGCCCUGCCAGUGCCGAUCCAUAAACCAAACACUGCUGCCGUCCCAGCGCGGAGCCAGAGCGACGUCACGCGGUUUGAGAGAGGACGUCAGUGCGCCUUCACGAGCUCAUAUACUCUGUGGCAUGUUUACCGAGAGGAGAGAGAGAGAGCGAGACAGGGAGAGUUAGAGAGCCGACUUGCAGAGUGGACUGUCACCCCCUGUCCGGGGACUGAGGUAGACAAUGACGAGGAGCGACAGAGCUGGUCUCCGUUUAUUUUUCCUCAUGUAAAAAAAGAAAAAUGAGAGCCUUUGCGCUGAGGCUGAUGAGCUCAGGAGGAUUUCUGAAGGGAUCAUUAACAGUUUACACAGAAGAAAUGUCCACAACUGCAAGUCCAACCAUCCCCUCCUCUCAGCUGACAUCGGAUCAACUCACAGUGGUCGCUGCGUCCUUUUCUUCUCUGGUGUUCUUUGUGGUUAUUGUGGUGCUGCUGUCCAUUAUUUACCGCAAGGAUCCUCAGUGCUGCAAACCUCGCUCCUAUCAGGGGCCACAUGCAGAUAUGGAUGCUCCUCCUCAGUAUUACAGCAGCAGACAGACACUGGUGGGAUCUUCUUGUGUGGAGCAGACACAGAUCAUGGAUCACAGCAACACUCAGGCGGGUCAGCUGUUCUUCGUCGGCCUGCCCUCCAGCUACAGCCUUCCCACUCUGGAGGCCCCCCUGCCGAGGCUCCCUUCCUACGAGAGCGUCCGAAAGAAGGACCGCCAGAGGCAGAUCCACAUGAUGAUCGCGGACCGCUUCGGCCUCAAUGGACCCAUUGUGACUGAGCCACCUCCAACAUAUGAAGAGAGUAUUCGCCAGUCCAUGGAGCUGCCGUACAACAUCCUCUCACCUAGCCUGGACAUCUCUCCUCCUCAGAGUAUCUACACAAACGCAGGAGCUGACAUUCAGACCAACACACCUCAUCCAGACACUAACAGCACCGUUCUACCUGUGUGAUACCGAUCAAGGUCUCCAGCUGCCCUGACGAAUGUGAAAGAGAUUACUUUCAUACAGAUGAUGAAGUCACCAAACGAAUACAAAGGCCCAAAGACUAAUCACGAUCAGAUCCCUCACACAUUCACACAAGCUGAUUCAGAUACCUCAAGACUGAGACUGAGUUUAUGUUGAGAGACAGCUAAUGUUGGUUCACAAGCUGAGGAGCAAACCAAAGAGGAGCUGGCUGCACACUGUCCACAUUUGGCUGGCACAUAUGAAUGUUAAAAAACACUCUGUGAUGGUUUAUGUGCUCUCACUACACUGAUGAAUUUCAAAAGAGAGACACUGGAUAUUAGCAUUUACUGAGGUGGCUGGUACAUCUUGAUGAGGGCAGAGGAAGAAGAGAUUUGUGGUCUACAGGAGUGAAAACAUACCAAAAAGGGAGCACCUAUACUAUUUACUCUGCUGAUUAUACUCUGUCAGUGACCAUUUGUUUUACUCUCUUUUAUUCUGCCGUUCCACAGCCACAGACCUCAUUGUCUGGUUUUUGGACCUGUUUGAUGAAUUGCUGUAAAGUCUGUCUCUGUUCCCCGCUGCGUCUGUGCCAUACUGCUCCAGCAUGUGGUUCAGCCUGUGAGAGAGAGAAUUAAAAAAGGUGCUAAUGAGAGUGCCUUUCAUGAAGUUAUAAUAAGACAUUAUAAUGAGACAGCUUAUAUAUACGGUUUCACAAAGUUUUUUUUUGUCUUUUUACCACUUUACCUCAUUUAUGUUUUUCUGCAAAGGCAGAUGGGACUCUAUGAUUUCUCACCUUCUUAUCAAACAUUUUUAUCUCUUUUCAUAUUGAGCCUGUUUUACUCAAGUCAGGGGACGAAAAAUGAUUUGUUUGUUCUGUUCUCCAAAAAGCGUUGAGUUCUCAGCAGAGUGUACGGGAAAUGAAAACAAUGGAGAAAUGCCAAGUCCCUUGUCAAGACAUGUUUUGUUUUGUCUUGAUCCAGCAAAGAUAUUUUCUGCAACUUCCCAUGUACACAUGCAACAUUUUUGUCCUGCACAUUGUCUUGUACUGUAUUUAUUAAAAAACAACAACAAGUGAUUCCUCAUUAUUUCUCUGUGUAAACAAAUGUAAUAAAAUCUUUUAUUGUUUUGUU